CGUCUGUGUCAUCGUUGACGUCGUCGUUCUCGAUGUCUCGUUCAUCUAUCCCAUCCACACCGCUGUCAUCAGCUACGUCGAUAUCAUCUAUAACGAUGUCGUCUUCAACGCCAAGACCGACGUCGUCGUCGUCGUCCAUCUUUGUACCGCUGUCAACGACGUGGUUGACGCCAAACUUGUCGUCGUAUCCUUGGAGCGUGCAACAAACCUCCUGUUCGAGGCUACCUUCGCUGCCAAGCGAAUCGUCGAUCGUGUCGACUGUAUCGCUAGCCUGGCCGAAACUCGUCUCCGUGUUAGCUUGGUCCGUCACCCUGUUGCUCGUUUCGUCGUGCAUCGGCCUGACGGACGCUGGCAUCUUGAACGGACACCCUUUGGGUAAAAGGUCUUUUAUCGACAUUCAGUGUAAGGGUAUAUACGAUAAAAGUAUCUUUGCCCGGCUGGAUCGUAUCUGCGAGGAUUGUUAUAACCUGUUUCGGGAACCUCAAUUGCAUCAACUCUGCAGACUACUUCAAAGGAUGCUUAGACGUGUUGUUGUUACAAGACGAGGUAGAGAAGAUCCAAACAUGGAUCAAGCAACUACAUGGAGCGGAACCCGGGGUUUAGGCAAGACUGCUUUGGUACGCAAUACUUUACAAGCUGCAUUCAAGCGUUGCUGCUUGAAGAUGAGAAGGAAAAGCUUUUCGAGAUGGUCGAGUACCUAGGCCGCAAGAAGUAAGAAGUAAGAAGAACACAGAGGCGCUUUCAUUACUACCAAGACUUUUAUUUACACGACACAUCUACGACGAACGAUGAACGAUGAACGAUGAA